AUGGCAAAGAAAAAGAGCUUCAAGAUAGAGUUCAAAUCCCAUCCUCAUCCCAGGAACCUCCAACACGACGGUGCAGAAAGCCCCCGCUGCUGUUCUCUGGAUAUGCUAUUACAGAGAUUGAGGGCCAUAGAUGCCCAGGAUGAUAAACUAGCCAACAUCAUGGAUGUGGUGGGGGAGUUUGGCACAUUCCAGCGGAGGCUGGUGGCCCUCAGCUUCAUUCCCAACUUCUUGUCCUCCUUCUUCAUGUUUGCUGAUAUCUUCAUGUUCGCACCCCAAAAGCCCUAUUGCAACACCAGCUGGAUACUGGCAGUGGACAGAAACCUGUCAGAGGCUGAGCAGAUGAAUCUGACCCUGCCCCGUGCACCCAAUGGCAGUUUUCUGACUUGCCUCAUGUAUGUGCCUGUGGACUGGGAUCUGGAUUCUACAAUCCAAUUCGACCUCAAUCACACAGACUCAUGUCAAAAUGGGUGGAUCUAUCCUGAGAGCAAGAGGCGGUCACUGAUAAAUGAGUUUGACUUGGUGUGUGGCAACGAAACAAGCAACGAAAUCGUGUAUACCGUGUUCUUGGCUGGGCUCUUGACGGGGGCUGUCAUCUUCGGGUUCAUAACUGACAAGUUGGGCCGCUACCCCACCAUCCUGCUGGCGCUGCUUGAGCUGGCCAUCUUCGGCUUCGGGACAGCCUUUGUCAGCAGCUUUAACCAGUAUAUAUUCUUCCGCUUUUGUGUGUCCCAGGCGGUGAUGGGCUACGCCAUCGGCAGCUCGGCUUUACUCACUGAGUGGCUAAUGGGCAUGCACCGGGCCCAUGCCUUCAUCCUGGGACACUGCUUUUUUUCCAUGGGAGUCGUUUUCCUGACAGGACUUGCCUACAGCCUUCCCCACUGGCGGCUAAUGUUUCUGGUGGGUGGAAUACCUGUAUUCCCCCUCAUCUGCUAUAUCUGGAUUCUCCCAGAGUCCCCACGGUGGCUGAUAAUGAAAGGGAAGCUGGAGGAGGCCAAGCAAAUGCUGUGCUAUGCAGCUGCUGUGAACAAAAAGACCAUUCCUUUAAGUCUGCUGGAUAAGUUGCAACUGCCUGGAAAGAAGGUGGCUUCAGCCUCUAUCCUGGACUUCUAUAGCAACAGGUACCUCCGCAAGUUGACCUUGGUGAUGUGCAGCAUAUGGUUUGCUAUCGGUUGCAACUAUUACACGCUGGGCUUAAAGUUAAGGGAAUUGGGCAUGAACAUCUACCUCUCACAAGUGAUUCCUGGCAUGAUGGAGGUGCCCGCCCGGCUCUGCUGCAUCUUUCUCCUCGAGCAGUUUAAGAGGAGAGGAACCCUGAUUAUGACUUUGUUCCAAGGAGCCACCAUGUGCUUCCUUAGCCUUAUGCUCCCGUCAGAUUUGAAAUCCCUCGUGAUCUUGAUAACCCUGCUGGGAGAGUUCAAUCUGGCUGCCUCCAUCACCAUGUUCUACAUCUACACUUCUGAACUCCUGCCCACCAUCAUCAGGGCGACAGGUCUGGGUCUAGUGUCUCUGAUCUGGGCGGCUGGAGGCAUCUUUUCUGUGACACUCAUCCACCAGAACAUUGCCAUCCUACCCGUCAUUCUCUGCUCCCUCUCGGCUUCCGUGGCUUUGUUCUACUGCUCCAAUUUGCCGGAAAUGCAAGAUCAGCCCCUACCUGAUACCCUGGAGCACAUUACCCCACAGUCAAGGAGCAUAAGCGAGGAACUCUCGAAUGAGGACAUGUUAAGUGAUGACAUGACGGAGGAAGUGGCCAAGAACACCAUUCUCAACUCCAGGUUGACGAGCAUGGACCAAGAUAGUCUCUCCAGCCCACCUUUGCAAUCUAAAGAUGAAAAAAUAGACAAAGAGGAGGACUGA